CAGGCCCCGCCCCGUAGCUCGGGAGCGCGCGCGCGCGCGUGCGGGAGGGGGCGGGUGGGGAAAGGAUCGCCGGUGAGAUCCUGAGGCGAGGCUCGCGCGCCCGCCCCCGCCCUGGCCCCCAGCGCCCACCCGGUCGGCCCGGCUCAGCCAUGAUCAAGGCGAUCCUCAUCUUUAACAACCACGGGAAGCCGCGGCUCUCCAAGUUCUACCAGCCCUACAGUGAAGAUACACAACAGCAAAUCAUCAGGGAGACAUUCCAUUUGGUAUCUAAGAGAGAUGAAAAUGUUUGUAAUUUCCUAGAAGGAGGAUUGUUAAUUGGAGGAUCUGAUAAUAAACUGAUUUAUAGACAUUAUGCAACAUUAUAUUUUGUCUUCUGUGUGGAUUCUUCAGAAAGUGAACUUGGCAUUUUAGAUCUAAUUCAAGUAUUUGUGGAAACAUUAGACAAGUGUUUUGAAAAUGUCUGUGAACUGGAUUUAAUUUUCCAUGUAGACAAGGUUCACAAUAUUCUUGCAGAAAUGGUGAUGGGGGGAAUGGUACUGGAGACCAACAUGAAUGAGAUUGUUACUCAAAUUGAUGCACAAAAUAAGCUGGAGAAAUCUGAGACCUUUAUCUUUCAAUCUCCCAGACAGGACAGGUAGACAAGCAAAUAGUUUACACUGGCCUAUUUUGUAUCAGUCAAGAUUUUUCUCAGGUAACAGCUUUAUUAUUAUUAUUAUUUUGAUUAACAAAAGAGGUAGGAUUACAUAAGAGAAAAAAACCCUAAAAUUUCGAAAAGGGACAUUAAAACUAGUAAUUCUAAUUACACAGACAUUGUUUCAUAUAUGGAAGAUUUGUUUUUGUUACCUAAUUGCUUUUGUCAAGAUGAUGUAUGCCACUGAAUUCAGAUGUAUGUUGCCUUGAUUGUGUGACGGCAAUAAAAAUUGAUGAAAUCUAAAUCUAACUUAAACCAUAAAAGUAUCAAGACUGUUGAAGCUAUUUGAAAAAGAUGAUAUAUAUGCAUUUUUCUUUCAAGCUAUUUUCUUUCAAAAUUAUUUCACAAAUUAUAAAUUUCCCUAAGACAAAAGUGAAAUACUGUAAUGCUAACUAGAAGUUUUAAAAUUCAUUUAUUUACAUAAAUAAUACCUUUUGCAUUUAUGCUGUUCUUUCUCCAAAUUUGUAUAUUGUAAACUGAACCUAUGUUGUUGGCUCUACUUUAUGUGAAAAAGUAUUUUUAAUCAUUAUAUUUUUUUCUAACUCAUCAAAGGUUGGAAAGGUCCUCCUGUUGCAGUUUCAUUUUUAGGCAGAACUGUUCUCUUUGGACUGAGGCUUUACUUUAAAAGCCUGAUUUUUUUUUUUCUUCAGUGUUCUAGAACUUCCAUAGAAAAAUUUAGAAGAGCCUCCGCAAUUAAAAUAAUUUUUUAAAAAAAUUUGUUGUUUUGAAAUGCUUUAAGGGUUUGGCCCUAAAUAAAGAAACUAGACAAGUAUGAUCUGUUACUUUCGGUUUUUAUUUUACAUCACAUUUUGAUAAUAAAUGCUGUUUUAAAAGUAAAACAAAACAAACCCCAAAUCUAUCAUGAUUGUUGCAAGAGAUGUUUAAAAGGAAACUGAUGUAAAAUAUGCUUCAUGCUUAUAUCAUAAGUCAGUAAGCCAGGGUUCAGGGGAAGACCUGGUUUUUGUCAUUUGAAUAGUGGAUGUGAUGUCUAAGUAGUGCAGGCUAAUUUGUAUCUAAAUUUUUUCGUUCUUAUCAUUGCAUGUAUUCACUGUAUUUUUUAAUGUGUCAACUGUUUUCUCUUUAUAGAUUAGAGUUUCAAAGUAACCAUCCCAUACCAAUUCAAACUACCAUCUGGUCUCUAAGCUUGUUAUAUGAAUCUUUUAUCAUUGUCCUCCAUUUUUAGUGUUUUUUGAUAAGCUACACCUGAGUUGUACAUUUUCUUUUUCUUUUAUUUGCUUCUGUAUACAGGCUGGCUUAGCGGGAGCUCCAGCCCGUGCUGUAUCAGCUGU